GUGAGGGCUUUGUGCGGGCGCACUUCGGGUAGCAAGCAUGGCGCCUCCGGCUCGGUACUGCGUCCCUGGCGAGCGGCUGUGCAGCACCGGGGAGGCCAGCGCCGGCAGCGGGACUUACACGCGGCACGGCUUCAUCUUCGCGUCGCUGGCUGGCUGCCUGGAGAAGAGGAGCGAGGAGAGCGGGCUGCCCGUUGUGUCCGUGGUGAGGGAUGCCGAGUCCCAGCUCCUGCCUGAUGUGGGGGCCGUCGUGACGUGCAAGGUCUGCAGCAUUAACUCCCGUUUUGCCAAGGUGCACAUCCUGUACAUCGGCUCCACGCCGCUGAAGUCCACCUUCCGGGGGACCAUACGGAGAGAAGAUAUUCGAGCCACAGAGAAGGACAAGGUAGAAGUCUACAAGAGCUUCCGCCCUGGCGACAUAGUGCUGGCCAAAGUCAUCUCCCUGGGGGAUGCACAGUCCAACUACCUGCUGAGCACGGCAGAGAACGAGCUGGGUGUGGUGGUGGCUCGCAGUGAGGCAGGGGCGCAGAUGGUGCCCAUCAGCUGGUGCGAGAUGCAGUGCCCGCGGACACACACCAAGGACUUCCGCAAGGUGGCCCGCGUGCAGCCUGAGUUCCUGCAGACCUAGCGGCCCCGCCGGGGCGCAGCUGGGUGCUGGCUGGCAGCAGCUGGCUCCUGCCCCGCAGACCUGCACUGACCCUUGCUAGCAACCACCCUGCAGGGGCAGAGGCUGCUGUCGGGGGGGGCCGUGUGGCCCAAGCAGCCACUGGAUUUGACCCUCCUACAUACAGCUCCACACAUGCCAGAGGCUGGAGCAGCCAGCCCAGCCCUUGCUCCCAGGAUGGAUUUUAUAUUUGUGCUGCGCAUAAUAAAUAUUUUCCAGGA